AGGCUGAGGAGCGCGGACGCGAGGCGGCAGCAGCAGGAGGAGGCGGAGACUGCGGCGCGGCGGUGCUGGCGGUCGUCGUCGUCGUCUUCCCCUCCCCGCCUCUCCCAGCCCGUGAGGGGGCACGAUAAGCGGAGGGAUGCGGCGGCCCCGCCCGACCCACAGCUGGCCACCAUGUGGUAUCAGAAACUGCUUUCUACAGUUCUCUCAAUUCAGCCAGGCUUUCUUAUGUGACAUUGGCAAUGAGUGUUGAUGCCAUGAUCAUUAUUCAACCAUUCUGAAGAUGGAUUACUGUUACUGAUGGGAAGAAGUCCAAUAUGAGUGGAAAUGAUGUUGGAGGAAGAAGACGCUUUGAGGACAGCGAACACACACUACACAUAUACCCUGGGAACAUUGCUGAAGGGACCAUCUAUUGUCCUGUUAUUGCACGAAAAACUUCCACAGCUGCUGAGGUGAUAGACUCUCUCAUUAACAGACUUCAACUGGACAAAACAAAAUGCUACGUUUUGGCAGAGGUGAAGGAGUUUGGUGGGGAAGAAUGGAUCCUCAACCCCACAGACUGUCCUGUCCAGCGCAUGAUGUUGUGGCCCCGAAUGGCCCUAGAGAACCGUUUGAGUGGAGAGGACUAUCGCUUUCUUCUAAGGGAAAAGAACCUAGAUGGGUCAAUACAUUAUGCCAGUCUCCAGUCCUGGUUGCAGGUGACAGAAGAGCGGCGCAGGAUGAUGGAACGUGGCUUCCUUCCUCAACCGCAGUACAAAGACUACGAUGAUUUAUGUGCUUUGCCAGACUUGAAUGAGAGAACUCUCCUAGAAAACCUUAGAAAUCGUUUUAAACAGGAGAAAAUUUACACCUACGUUGGGAGCAUACUAAUAGUAAUAAAUCCAUUCAAAUUUCUCCCUAUUUACAACCCUAAGUAUGUAAAAAUGUAUGAUAACCAUCAGCUUGGAAAGCUGGAGCCCCACAUUUAUGCAGUAGCUGAUGUAGCAUACCAUGCUAUGCUUCAGCGUCGGAAGAACCAGUGUAUAGUCAUUUCUGGAGAAAGUGGGUCUGGGAAAACACAGAGCACAAAUUUCUUGAUUCAUCACCUCACUGCUCUUAGCCAAAAAGGAUUUGCUAGUGGAGUAGAACAAAUAAUUCUUGGAGCUGGACCAGUACUUGAGGCAUUUGGGAAUGCAAAGACUGCACACAAUAACAACUCAAGUCGCUUUGGCAAGUUUAUCCAAGUGAAUUAUCAGGAGACUGGCACUGUCCGUGGAGCUUAUGUUGAAAAAUAUCUACUGGAAAAGUCAAGGCUUGUCUAUCAGGAACAUAAUGAGAGGAACUACCAUGUAUUUUAUUACCUUCUGGCAGGAGCAAGUGAAGAAGAGAAAUCAGCAUUUCAUCUUAAACAGCCUGAUGAAUAUCAUUAUCUUAAUCAGAUGACAAAGAAACUCCCCAAACAGAGCUGGGAUGACUGUUACUAUGAGUCUGAGCCGGAUUGCUUCUCUGUUGAAGGGGAAGAUCUGAAGCAUGACUUUGAGCGUUUGCAACUAGCUAUGGAGAUGGUGGGCUUCCUUCCCAAGACUCGCAAACAGAUUUUUUCCAUUUUGUCUGCAAUACUACACUUGGGUAACAUCUGUUACAAGAAGAAAACCUACCGAGAUGAUUCCAUAGAUAUCUGUAAUCCCGAAGUCCUUCCUAUUGUCUCAGAGCUGCUAGAGGUGAAAGAAGAAAUGUUAUUUGAAGCACUAGUUACAAGGAAGACAGUGACUGUGGGGGAGAAGCUUGUAUUACCAUACAAACUGGCAGAGGCUGUUACAGUGCGGAAUUCCAUGGCUAAAUCGUUGUACAGUGCUCUGUUUGAUUGGAUAGUUUUUAGAAUUAACCAUGCACUUUUGAAUACCAAGGACUUUGAGGAGAGCACCAAGACUUUGUCCAUUGGAGUACUUGAUAUUUUUGGGUUUGAAGAUUAUGAAAGUAACAGUUUUGAACAGUUUUGCAUUAAUUUUGCAAAUGAACGUUUACAACACUAUUUUAACCGACACAUCUUUAAAUUGGAGCAAGAGGAGUACAGACUGGAAGGCAUCAGCUGGCAUAACAUAGAAUACACAGACAAUUCCGGCUGCAUAAACCUUAUCAGUAAAAAGCCAACAGGAUUGCUCCAUCUGCUGGAUGAGGAAAGCAAUUUCCCACAAGCCACAAAUCAAACGCUACUAGACAAGUUUAAGCGUCAACAUGAAGGGAACCUCUACAUUGAAUUUCCAGCUGUAAUGGAACCUGCUUUCAUCAUAAAACACUAUGCUGGAAAAGUUAAAUAUGGUGUGAAGGAUUUCCGAGAGAAAAAUACAGAUCAUAUGCGUCCAGACAUUGUCGCUCUCCUAAGAAGCAGCAAGAGUGCCUUUAUUUGUGGAAUGAUAGGAAUUGAUCCUGUUGCUGUGUUUCGUUGGGCGGUACUCAGAGCUUUCUUCAGAGGUGUAGUUGCAUUUAGGGAGGCGGGAAGGCGGCACAUUGAGAAGAAAACUGGGCAUGAUGAUGCGGUUUUGAAAAGUGUGGAUAGUUUUAGCUUUCUCCAUCACCCAGUUCAUCAGAGGAGCUUAGAGAUCCUGCAGAGAUGCAAGGAGGAGAAGUACAGUAUUGCCCGCAAACGUCCCAGAACACCACUUUCAGAUCUGCAAGGAGUUAACACUAUCAAUGAGAAAAGCCAGCGUGAUAUGUAUGGAGUUGGUUGGAACAGCAGGAUGGGUGUGCGACAGAGCAGACUCUCCAGCCAAAGCAGCUUCCUCGACAAAGAUGGGAUAUUUGUGAAUUCAACUAACAGCAAGCUCUUGGAGAGAGCACAUGGCAUCCUCAUGCGAAACAAGAACUUCAAAGCCAAGCCUAACCUUCCAAAGCACUUGCUUGAAGUGAAAUCGCUCAAGCACUUGACGAACCUAACUCUACAUGACCGUAUCACAAAGUCUCUUCUCCACCUUCACAAGAAGAAGAAGCCCCCAAGCAUCAGUGCCCAGUUCCAGGCAUCGCUUACCAAAUUGAUGGAGACCCUUGGCCAAGCAGAACCCUAUUUUGUCAAGUGCAUUCGCUCCAAUGCUGACAAGCUUCCCCUGAGGUUCAGCGACAACCAGGUGCUUAGACAGCUGCGGUACACAGGGAUGCGAGAGACAGUGCGCAUACGACAGUCAGGAUAUAGUUCCAAAUACACCUUCAAGGAAUUCGUAGACCAUUUUCAUGUACUCCUGCCGAGAGGCAUGGUACCAUCCAAGGAGAAUAUCCAAGAAUUCUUAAGGAAAACAAAGACCAACCCUGACAAUUAUCAAGUGGGACGAACAAUGGUUUUCAUGAAAGAGCAGGGACGUCAGCUUCUACAGGGCCUGCUGCAUGAGGAGGUGUUGCGAAGGAUCACUCUACUCCAGAGCUGGUUCCGCACUAUGCUCUACAGGAGGCAGUUCCUGAAUUUGAAGCAGGCAGCUGUGGUCAUACAGCAAUACUGGCGUAGUUACCAAAGAAGAAAGCAAGCUGAGGAAGAAGAGUCCCUAAACAAUUCCAUCUGUUUAGGCAAGGCAGCAGUUGUUCUUCAGGCCUACUGGCGAGGCUUUGUGGCAAGGAGAAGAUUUCAGCAAAUGCGGGUGGCUGGCUUCAUUAUCCAGAGCUACUGGCGGGAAUGCUUGAGGCACCGGAAUGCUGCGGCUACCAUCGUCCAGGCAAAAUGGCGAUGCUACCACACCAGAAGUGUCUACAGGGCCAAGAGAAACAAAGUAAUUUUGUUGCAAGCAGCAUAUAGAGGAUACAAAGCACGGCAGAGGUUGAGGAUUUUAAAGGAGCAAAGCUUAAGAGAAGCUCCAUUGAGGAAUGGACUCGCAGUUAAAGAAGAGGAUGGACUUGCACCAGGGGACAACCUGGAUAUUACAGGUUCAGAUCCUUCUGAAUGGGAAGAUCGUUCAUUUGAAGAGCGAGUGAAAGCUGUGGAAGAACAUAAGUCAGUGAUUGAAAACAGAGUGGGUCAAAAUGAUCCCUUGGAUAAUUCUGAGGCUUUAUUGUACAAACACUAUGAGAGAGCCAACAGCCAGGGUGGAGAGAGCAUAGAUGAGCAAGUUCUUGUGAGAGAGAGACCCAAGUCAUUGGAAGACCUCAACCAAAAGAAAGGAGUUCGUGCAAAGCGAGAGAGCCGGCGGAUGCGUGAACUGGAACAGGAAAUAUUUAGUUUGGAAUUGCUUAAGGUCCGGUCCACUGGUGGGGCUUCUCCCUCAGAAGAGCAUCAGUGGUCACCAGAGAUGAUUUCUGAAGACACGCAAUCUCCCAGGGGAACUCCAGAGAGUGAAAGCUCUCAGGGAAGUCUAGAGAUGCUGAGCCAUGAAGACACUCAGAAGGGCAGGCAGGACUCAACCUUGCCGCACGAGCCUGUGCCCAGAAACUUGCUACCAAAUAGCCCUAAAUCUGACAAUGUUAAAUGCAUCCCCAUCCUUGAUGCAGAUGUAAAUAGAAAUGUGUUGGAUGGAAAAAGUUUGGCUUCAAGCUCUGAAUUACCAGAGUGCCUUGCUGCUAAAGAUGGGUCAGUUUGCGAUUCUCAAGGCAUUAUCUACAACUUGCACACAAGAGAACCACUCAUUUCAAGCAGCCUACCUACAUUUUACCUGCCGCCACAGGACAGCCUCAGAGCUGGCCAGUCAGUUAUAGAGAAUAAUUUGAGGAACAAGCGAAUGGAAAUAGGGGGAAAGUUUUUGUUCCCAGAAGUCAAGCAUACCACUGAACUGGACGGGGCAGGGCAGAGCAGAGCCUUUCAUGGGGAAUGUCAGCCUUCCUUCAGAGGACAAGAAGGCCCUGCUUCAGAAAUGCUAUCUUCAGAUCCAGUUAUCAAGAAGCUGGAGAAGCUAAAUGUGGAGAAGGAAGAGCGCCAGAAACAAAAGCAAAUGCAGAACGAGAAAGAAAUGAUGGAGCAGAUUCGACAGCAGAAGGAAAUUUUGGGGAAGCAACGUAAAGUUUUUGAACAGCAGAACAGGGUCAGGGAGUCCUCUCAAGGAGCCUCUAUCAGGUCACCAAAGAAAACAGACAAGCCUCAAUCUCUCCUCAUUGGGAGUCCCCAGAGCAAAGGGGAGCCUUGUCUUACAACAAGUACAGGGCCCACUUCAACGGUGGAUAUUAAAGGUCUUACUGUCACAACAAAAAGAAGCCCACCUGCUUGCCAGAAAGAAAAGACUAUCAUCAUGAUCCUGGAACGAAAGGAAGACAAGACCCCAGUUGUUCAGCAGUCUGCUGGAAGAGAUCAGUUAAACUUGCAAAUGGCUGCUGAAUCUCAAGAGGGCUUGAGCAAUCUGCCCGCAAGAGAAAAAAGGUUCAGGUUGCCCCGAAUUCCUCGCCAGGGUACUGAAAGCUCUUCUAACGAAACUAGAGGUGGUUCUAUUUUCUUUACCCCAAAGGAUAGUCAUGUGGGUCUUAAUUUCAGCAAAGAAUCUUCAGCAUAUCCAUUGCUUCCAAAAGAAGAACAUAAAAAACCAUUAAAGGUUUCUGGACAAAGUAGGGGAGAGCAGGUUGCCAGACCAGCCCAUAAAAAGAAAGCCCGCAUGGCACGGACACGCUCUGAUUUCUUGACUAGAGGUGCUUUUGCUGAUUGGGAGGGGGAUACGGAGGAAGAGGAUUACGAUGACAGUUUUGAAUUCCUUCUCUCCCUUGACCAACCUCCUCACCCUGAGCCCGGCUGUGCAGCCAGACUUGGGCAGCCCUGUCACAGUGACUCUGAAAUGCUGCUACAGCGCUUCUCUUCAAAUGAAGGCCAAACAACGCUUCACAAAACAAUGUCUCAAGGAGAGAUUGGAAAACUGGCAGCUGCACAGAAGACUGCAGCUGCAGAUGGAAGCAGGCCUCAAAGAGCCAAGAUGAGAUUUUGGGGGAAAGGGAGACAUGUUGAGAAGAAAACACACAGGGAGAAGCUUGCUACCCAGUCAGAGCUGUUGGAGUUGCAUUCUGAUCAAGAUGCACCAGGAAGAGAGAUAAUUUCAGGUCUACAACAUGAAGAAGAGCUGACUCCCCCAAGGAGUCCUGAGUUGUCUGGCAUCUAUCGAAGGGAAUGUAAGGAGAACAAAGAGCCAUCUCCCAAGGUGAAACGAAAGCGCAGCCUGAAAAUCAGCAAUGUGACAAUGGAACCUGCACAGUGGCAGAAUGACGCUCUUCAGAUCAUAACCAGCGUCAGUGACUUGAAAAGCAUGGAUGAGUUCCUCUUGAAAAAGAUGAAUGAUCUUGAUAGUGAGGACUGCCAAAAGGACACUCUGGUGGACGUUGUCUUUAAAAAAGCCUUGAAAGAAUUCCGACAAAAUAUCCUCAGUUUCUACUCAUCGGCUUUGGCAAUGGGUGAUGGAAACUGCAUCCGGUACAAAGACCUACAUGCCCUCUUUGAACAGAUUCUAGAAAAAACAAUGAGGCUUGAACAAAGAGACUGGCGUGAAUCACCUGUCCGGGUCUGGGUUAAUACCUUCAAGGUGUUUUUGGAUGAAUAUAUGACAGAAUAUAUGCCUUCAAAUUGUACUGCCUUAAAGGUAACCAAAACAGAAAGAAAAAAGAGAAGGAAGAAGGAAACAGAUGUUGUAGAAGAACAUAAUGGUCACAUUUUUAAGGCCACUCAGUACAGCAUUCCCACUUACUGUGAAUUCUGUUCCUCCCUGAUAUGGAUCAUGGACAAGGCCUCUGUUUGUAAAUUAUGCAAGCAUGCUUGCCACAGAAAGUGCUGCCUUAGGACCACAACCAAGUGCCCCAAAAAGUACGAUCCUGAGCUUUCCUCGCGGCAAUUUGGGGUUGAACUCUCCCGUCUGACCAGUGAAGAGCGAACAGUGCCAUUAGUGUUUGAGAAGCUCACCAGCUAUAUAGAAAUGCACGCACUGUACACAGAGGGCAUUUACCGGAAAUCCGGAUCAACCAAUAAGAUCAAAGAGUUGCGGCAGGGACUGGACACAGAUCUUGAGAGUGUGAAUCUUGAUGACUACAACAUCCAUGUCAUUGCCAGUGUGUUCAAACAGUGGCUGCGGGAUUUACCUAAUCCUCUCAUGACAUUUGAAUUUUAUGAAGAAUUUCUGCGAGCUAUGGGUUUGCAUGAGAGAAAGGAGGCCAUUCGUGGGGUCUAUUCAGUGAUCAGCCAGCUUUCUGGUACUCAUCUGAGUACCUUGGAGCGACUGAUCUUCCACCUUGUAAGAAUUGCCCUAGAGGAGGAGACGAAUCGGAUGUCAGCUAAUGCCCUGGCAAUUGUGUUUGCUCCAUGCGUUCUCCGCAGUCCAGAUACUACUGACCCUCUUCGGAGUGCUCAGGAUGUCUCUAAAACAAUCAGCUGCAUUGAGCUGAUUGUUGUAGAGCAAAUGGACAAAUAUCGGGCUCGCCUUAAAGACAUCAGCAGCCUCGAGUUCGCGGAGAACAAGGCCAAGAGCCGGCUCUCGAUGAUCAGGAGGUCUAUGAAACCUGUACUCAUUGCCGUUAGAUUUAUGAGCAUAACCCGCAGUUCGAUCCCGGGCAAAGGUCGGCUACAUCGCGGGGCCUACCCAAGUCCUUCAUCUCCAGCUCCUCUCCGGUUGCCAUCUGCCUCUGAUGCUGCUGAAGAGGUCCUGAGUAGCGAAGAGGCCAUGGAGGCGGAGGUCUCUGAGCAGCAGAAAGUAGCCAUGCAGGAAGAAGAGAGGGUUUUGACGGAACAGAUUGAAAACCUUCAGAAAGAAAAGGAAAACUUAACUGUUGAGAUGCUGGUACUAGACCCAAGAGCCUCUGAUGAUGAAACUCUGGAAUCUGAGGCCUCCAUUGGCACUGCCCACAGCUCUGAAAACCUCAGUGUUGGUUAUGAAGGAGACACUUUGGACAGAUCAGAUAGAAAUUUAGCACUUGGCUUCACCAGACCCAUCAAGGCAGACACCAUCACUACCAGGCCUCGAAGGCACCUGAAGAAGCAGCAGGAAUCUGUGGAGUCGGUAGACUCCUCUGUGUCUGCUCCAUCUCUGUCACCCUCCCCUUCCUCUUCUUCCUCCUGCUUACCUCAUGUAACUAGGAAGCGAUUCCAGAUAUACUCAAAAUCGCCUUUCUACCGGGCAGCUCCCUCUGGGGAUGCCUCAGCACUGGAGCAAUCGCCAGGGCACCUCAGAGGUUUGGAUGACAAGCCACAGUUCACCACUAGAGGGACUUUCAAUCCUGAGAAGGGCAAGCAGAAGCUGAAGAAUGUGAAGAACUCCCCACCAAAAGCCAAAGAGCUCCCAGAGGCAACUGCCGGGACCGGCCGGAAGAGACACCCUGAUGCUGCCGAUUACAACAAUGCCCAGCAGCUGGUGCUACUUGGAAACAAUGAAUUUAUGGUAUGAGCCGCGCCAGCUGAUCGCAGCAAAAUUGUAACAUCUCGUCCAUGACAUCUUGCUGCUUCUUCAACACCGUCUGCUGCCACCAGCGUUCUGGAACUCAGUGUGUUGGGACUCAGUGUGCGCCCUCAGUAAACCUGAAGGAAGGAAUAGCCGGUGAGCGGUAUCUGCAUAUUCUGUCAGUCCCCAGUUCUGUCUGUGAUGGGCAAGGGAAUGUGGAAGCAGCCAAGAACACCAGAAGACAAUUGGAGUUCAGGGUCCUAUUCUUGAUCCCAGCUGUCAAAGCAGCCGACUUUAGGGAUUGGGUUUUUGCACUGGGAUUCAUAAGCAUGGGCCCUCUUAGACGGACCCACAGCAUAAAAGAGACCAAACUCUUGUUUGAAGCUAUUCCUUAUUUGCUUCAUUAUGUUGUCAGAUAUUUAAAAAUGUUCAUUUCCACCCAGGCACUUCUCAGACAACCGUCAGGUGCAUACCUGUUGUGGAAAAGAGAGCUUUUUGACUUAAAAAAAAGAAAGAAAAGGUCAGAAUAACAAAUGCCAGUUUGAUUCCAGAUAGGUCAAUGCCAAAUAUUUGUGCCGAAUGUUCAGUAGCCAUAACCACAACAGGUGUUCUGUUCUCAGGGCACAGGAUAGGCAGCAUAAAUAUUAGGAGGUAGAACCCUUUGUUUUUCUGGCUAUGCCCUGGACACACUCUGCUGCUACAUGAGCAAAAAGCGCCACAAACAGACUGACGGGCAGG